AUGUCCGAAUCCACGCCGCGCAAGCGGUCGCGUGCCGCCUGUCUCUCCUGUCAAUCGCGCAAGCGUAAAUGCUCCGGCGAGCAACCAUGCACCACCUGCGCCCAGGCCGGCGUCGACUGCCACUACAGCACGGCCCCGCGCAAGAAGCGCGUCAGCCCCGUGUAUAAUCGGAGCUUACCAGCACUGGAUGAGCGCCAGCGACUCCCUGAUGGAUGGCCCAAUCGACCACCUCCAGUCAGUAUUGCCGGCAGUGCUGCGUCUCCGACCUCUCGCGUAAAUGAUUCCCGCGGAGUGGGCCAUUCCUUGGAGGUUAACUCCGGGGCGGCUUUCGUUCGCAAGCUCGGUCUGCGAAUUGACCCAGCACACGCCCCAAGACUUCAUUUGUUUGCAUGGAACGUGGGCGAGAGGCGUGUAUCACCGGAUCUCUCGCCAUGGCCCGUCACGCUCUCGGCACCGGCGCCAAUUACCAAGAUCAUCUCGCAGGAAGAGAUGCGGCGCUUGGCAGCUAUCUACUUUGAGAAAGUUGAUCCAUGCUAUGCUUUCUUGGACCGGAAGAGUGUAUUUGCCCAUAUUGCACAACGCUGGUCGGAGACUACAGUACUAGCUGCCGAGUCGCCAGAGACCCAGCCCUACGAUGCUGUGCUAUGCGGCGUCGCUGCAUUUGGGUUCUUAUUCUCGCGCCGCGAGAUCAUGCCUACAGAGCGAAAGCUCAUUGAAACGGCACGCUUGCUUCUUGAAAAGUCCGUUCUUUGCGCACAAAUACCAUCGGUCGAUAUCGUAACCGGAUGGGUCCUUCGAGCAGCAUAUCUACGCAUGACAGCCUCCCCACAUGCCGCCUGGAUGGCCAGCUGCACAUUGAUGCAUCUCAUCGAGGCAGCAGGCCUACACCUAGACACGCCCGACCCAGAAUCAACGGACCUCGUCCAGAAUCAGAAUAGAACUAUUCCCGACACGAGCGACCCAGACACCCGCCGCCGACUAUUCGGCAUGGCCCGCCACCUCAACACCUGGAUAUCCUUCGACCUAGGUCGCUCACGAGUCAUCCUCCACGGCGCAACAGGAUACACCCAAAACACCGAACCCAACAACGCAACCCUUCCCCGGACAUCACAACGAACAGACAUCUUCCACCUCCUCCCCCUCUCCGAAAGCCUAGACCCAACAGGCCCAGCACCCCAAGACCUCCCAGAACUCGAAACAGCCCUCACCUCAGUGUUAGACCUAGUCUACACCGAACCCUCCUUAAUCCUAGUCCAAUGCAACCUCAUGCUCUGCAUUUACCGCCGCGUCCGCGCAUUGAACGCCCACGCCCUCCUAACGUCCCGCAUCCUAGAUCGCGUCCUCGCCCUCGCAGCUCGUGGCCUCCGCGCAGCACGAGGAAUGGUCGCGGCCACAUCACCCUGGCACCAGGUCGCCAACGUGCCCUUCCAGGUCGUCUGCACGCUACUAGCAAUUGACAACCGCGCCGCGCUGGCUCUUCUCCCUGAUGCCAUGCGUACGCUAGGCGAGGUUCUAGCGACGUACGAUACGUCUGUGAUGCGCGAGGCGUAUUCAACGGCGUACUUGCUUAUUGCGCUGCAUCAGCGGAGGAAAGAGGAUGAUACCCGGGUGUUGGUGGAUGUGUUGAGGGCUAAUGCGUCGGCGAUGGCUCCUGAACCUGAGGUGGUGACUAGGGAUGGGGUUGAAAGUGAACCGUCAGCUGGAUUGGAGAUGGGGCCUGUUUCGGAUGCGGAGUUGUCGUGGUUGGGGGAUUUGAUGAUUGAUAUGCCUAGUUUGCAGAACUUUGAUCUGGAUCAGUUUCUUAUGACGGAUGUUCCGUGGCCGUUGCCUGAGAUGGGGAUUUAA